GCUGACUUGGCGUCCAUAUUCGACCUCCUACUUGAUUCUUGAACUUUGUGACCAAUCAGUCACACGCCGUCGCUCCACUCGAUCCAAUUGGGGAGUCGGAACGGUGCCAGGAUACGCCCAUACGUGCCUUGAUUCGAGCCCGCGCCUACAAGGACCGAAGUCAAUUCAACCCUCAUGGAUGUCAUGAGAGACCUUCGAUCGUUCCUUCCUCUUCACGUUUCUUCCCCUUCAUCUGUACGAGAAAGGAAGCUGCGAUGGACGUCAGUGCAGGAAUUAUGGUCCAGCAUUAUGGAUCCUCGGGUUUCUUCCGUACAGCAUGCUCUGCUACAGGAUCUACACUGCAGAUAUUACCGUGAUUGCAUAGUUUCUUUCUGCGGGGUGGUUUUACUGCGAGUUUAGGAUACAAUACAGAAUUACCAAUGAGCAUGGUUGACCGUCCAGACUCGGUUAACGCCGGCGGACAGGCACCCAUCCCAAUUCCUUCCUUGGAACCUACGGGACCUACAGUGUUUACAGAUGACUUCAGUGACGAUACAGAGUCUGAUUACAUCCAAGACUCGCUCAGCAAGAGACGUCGACAUGGUGUGUAUUUCCACCGCCCUCCCGUUUGGUGGACGGCGUCUCCUUCCGAAACCGUCUCCCCUGCGUUUGACGACGACGUUGAAGACCCUCGAUUGCAUGGGAGAUACACGUCGACGAGUUUGAAUCGUGAUGGCGCUUUUGACAUAUUUGAAGAGCCCAGGAGCUUCUCUCCCCAGAGCUGGGAACAACACCUCUCAUGGAAGUUGGCUGCUGCAUCUGCCAAUGCGCUCGCCGAUCCGAGAUCUCUUUCGUGGGAGUCAGACCAAGCUAUUCCAUUACUGAAAGGAUGGCGACCUUACGGGACCGGGUGUCGCCCUCCACCUCCAGAGCAUCUCCGCAUGGGGACCAGCGAUCGUGCAUCAGAUAGAACGUGGUCUAGCCGAUAUUCACCCCAGAGCAUCUUGCGUCAGACUGCCCCGAAGCUUUGCACGCGCUUGCGGUCAUAUAAGGAUGUUCGGUUGGAGCUAGGGGAGAGAUGGGCCAUCCAGGAAGGAUCGCUGGUGAUAUGUCUAGAUCCGUCAUAUACCCUACUCGACCGUCGAGAGACUUUAGCCGACGAAUUUCAUCUGACUGCUGGCGAAAUCUAUGUCAUUUGUCGCCUGUAUGCCGACUUGUGGGCCCUAUGUGCCAAGGUCUCUCUCACACUCCCCGAGAAAUGUGCGACUGAGACAGGCCGGAACACGACAAGUCUAGGCUUCCUUCCUCUUUGCGCUGUAACCCUGGCGGCAAAUUUUGGUGGCUUUGCCCGAAGGUGUUGUAGGCCAUACUCGGAUGACCCGAGCCAGCCAGUGCAUCCAGGCAACGGGCUUCCAGUCAUGCCCCCACCCCGUUCCCAUAGCAUCAACGCGAGCAAGCAGAUCUUCCAGAGCACGAAGCCCGGUGUUUCUCUUCCCAACAUGUCGCUUGGCAGUUUGAGCAACCCGUUUCUCGAGGCGGAUACGGAGUUCAUCCCCCUGGACUCGACUUUGGAACAUGUGAUGGCGCGAUUUACGGAGAAAGGAGAACGCUUACGUCGAUUGAAAAGUCGAAUGUCAGGGCACAAAUCGUGGAAUGUUCCUAAAGUACCAGAUACAUGGCGCGUCCAUCUGGACAAAAAUGGCUAUUUCUCCCGUCUUCGCCAUCGAAGGUCCGAUUCCCAGACCUCUGACCAUGGACGCCGAUUUUACCUAGGCAAACAUCGGAGGAGUUCUUCCUCGGCUAGCGAGCGGCUGAAGAGUUUUAUUGGGAUUGCUUAAGCGUUCUCACAGUGUAUGUGGUGGCCAAUUUUGUUGGAUGGGUUUGUUGCCUCUAGCAUGCGAUGGCUGGUCGUUUCUGACAGAACGGUUCUUGUGGGAUAUUACCUGACGGAUGGGGUUUAUCAGUGGCGUCGGAAUACAGAUACGAGCAUGCACAUGCCGUAGUGGGGUAGGUUAGCUGUACGACUAGAAUGAAA